CUCUCUCUCUCUCUCUCUCUCUCUCUCUCUCUAACCUCAAGUCAAAACCCUCUCCUUGUUCCGUUGGUUUUUGUCUCUGUAUGAUCCGUAUCUACUUCAAUCCAUCGUUUUUAUCCUAAAACCUUCAUCGGGUCAUGUCUCAGAUCCCACAGCUUGCGUUUGCUUAAGGGGAUGAUGUGGAUCUGCAAUUCAUCGGAGACCGCUAGAUUCACCGGAGACGGUCAUCGGAGCCGCAACUUCUCCAUCGCUAAAGAUGAAGAAGAUGAUCGCGAUUCAUCCAGUUCUUCCUCCAUCGGCAAUAACAGUGAUGCGUCUGGCGGCGGCUGCGAUUCCGAUGACGGCGGCGAGGUUCAGAGCUUAUUCAAAGGCUCCUUAAACAAUUUAUCUGAUUUGGAAGAAGCUUUGGCUGUUAAGAGAGGUAUAUCAACAUUCUAUUCUGGGAAAUCAAAGUCAUAUACAAGCCUUGCUGAUGCGGUGUGUGCUCCAUCCAUUCAAGACAUUGUUAAGCCAGAAGAUGCAUACAACAGGAAACGCAAAAACAUGCUUGCUCAUAAUAUUAUACUAAACAAAAAUCGCAAUUUUACUUCCAAGAAUGGGAUACCAAAAAAGGUUGCAAAUGUUAACAACAGGUACUCGUUGGCCAGUGAAUUAAACAACCACCAUCAUAACAAUGCAGGUGGUGAAAGCUCAUCCCCUGGUAGUUCUCUACCCCCUUUACCUGCACGCCAUAGAAUAUCACCUGUUGCUAUUAAUGAAUCGUUGAAUUCAUCCCCGAGAAACUUUUGCUCUCCAUGGCGUUCAUUUUCUCUCUCAGAUUUGCAACUUGCUGGUGGUGGUGGUGGUGCAGCUUCAAGCUUUACAGGUAACAAAAGAGAUGAUGAAGAGGACGACGAUUAGAUGUAGGUGUUGUUGGCUGUAGGUGGUUUGUUUUUUCCCGUUUCCUGAUUCUGCUCAUUGUAGUUACUUCCUUGUGGGCAUUUCUGGAAUUCAGUGGAUGUUUCAGUCAGUUUUAAUCUUGUACCCAAAUGCAUGUUUGUUACAUAUAAUGAAAAAGAUGUUUCCUUUUGCUGUUA